AACCAACCUCAGAGGUAUUGACUUCUCCCAAGGAAACAACAGGUAUUACAAGUGAAAUAACAGCAGCGUCUCUAGCAUUGUCUAGUAGACAGCAAGAGAUAACAUCAGCAUCAGGAGUGACGUCUAUUGUUCCAUCAAGUACAAUGGAAGAAACUUCUAGUCUGACUAGCACACCAGCAGGAAUAACAGCAUUGGUAACAGCUACACCAGAAACAAGUAGCCGUGUACUGUUACCAUCAACACAGGAAACAAGCAUACUCACAACAUCCCCAUCAGGAAGUACUACAGUUACUCCAGCCUUAACAAGCAUAGUAGUAGAGAGUACAACUUCAGCUGUAACAAGUGAAGGAACAAGUGUAAGUACAUCUGGUAUAACAAGCAGAGUACAGUCAGAAACCACUUCAGUUAUUUCAUCAGAAGGGACUUCUUCAAGUGAGAAGACAUCAGCUCUGUCAACUGAAACCCAAGAACCAAUCACAGUAGCAUCAGCACUCACCAAAGAAAUGACAGCAAUUACAGCUGAAACAACAGCAGCAGUUUCAACAAUGUCCAGUACAGAGAAAAGGACUACAUUAGCAUCAGCAGUGACAUCUAAUGUUCCACCAAGCACAUCACAAGAAACAUCUGUUCUGAUUACCACACCAGUAGAAGUAACUCCAACAUUCCUAUCUCCUACUGUAGAAGUCUCUAGCACAAUAACAGGAACAACACUCUUAUCAGAAGAAACUUCUGCCCCUUCCACUGUAACUUUAGCAACCAGAUUAACAGAGAGUCUGACACCUGUGGCAACAAGUGAACUGGUCACAAGCACAUCUGUUAUAACAAGCGGAGCACAGUCAACAAGAAUUACCCAGAUGUCAACAGAAACAAUGUCAACAAGUGAGAAGACAUCUGUUUUCUCAACUACAGCUAAGGAACCAACCUCAGAGGCAUUGACUUCUCCCAAAGAAACAACAGGUAUUACAAGUGAAAUAACAGCAGCAUCUCUAGCAUUGUCUAGUAGACAGCAAGAGAUAACAUCAGCAUCAGGAGUAACGUCUAUUCUUCUAUCAAGUACACUGGAAGAAACUUCUAGUCUGACUAGCACACCAGCAGGAAUAACAACAUCAGUAACAGCCACUCCAGAAACAAGUAACAGAGUGUUGUUGCCAACAACAGAGGAAGCAAGCAUACUCACAACAUCCCCAUCACAGACUACUACAGUUACUCCAGCCUUAACAAGCACAGUAGCAGAGAGUACAAGGUCGGCUGUAACAAGUGAGGGAACAAGUGUAAGUACAUCUGGUGUAACAAGCAGAGUUCAGUCAGAAACCAUUUCAGUUAUUUCAUCAGCAGGAAUGGCAUCAAGUGAAAAGACAGCUUCUGUGUUAACCACAACCCAAGAACUAACCACAGUAGCAUCAAUAUCCACCAAAGAAGCCUCAAGUGAAGCAACAACAGCAGCAAUUUCAACACUGUCCAGUACAGAGAAAGGGACUACAUUAGUAUCAGCAGUAACAUCUAAUGUUCCAUCAAGCACAUCACAAGAAACAUCUGCUCUGAUUACCACACCAGCAAAAGUAACUCCAACAUCCCUAUCUCCUACUGCAGAAGUCUCUAGCACAAUAAUAGGAACAACACUCUUAUCAGAAGAAACUUCUGCCCCUUCCACUGUAACCUUAGAAAACAGAGUAACAGAGAUUCUGACUCCUGCGGCAACAAGUGAACUGGUCACAAGCACAUCUGUUAUAACAAGCGGAGCACAGUCAACAAGUAUUACCCAAAUGUCAUCAGAAACAAUGUCAACAAGUGAGAAGACAUCUGUUUUCUCAACCACAGCUAAGGAACCAACCUCAGAGGUAUUGACUUCUCCCAAGGAAACAACAGGUAUUACAAGUGAAAUAACAGCAGCGUCUCUAGCAUUGUCUAGUAGAGAGCAAGAGAUAACAUCAGCAUCAGGAGUGACGUCUAUUGUUCCAUCAAGUACAAUGGAAGAAACUUCUAGUCUGACUAGCACACCAGCAGGAAUAACAGCAUCGGUAACAGCUACACCAGAAACAAGUAGCAGUGUACUGUUACCAUCAACACAGGAAACAAGCAUACUCACAUCAUCCCCAUCACAAACUACUACAGUUACUCCAGCCUUAACAAGCACAGUAGCAGAGAGUACAACUUCAGCUGUAACAAUUGAAGGAACAAGUGUAAGUACAUCUGGUAUAACAAGCAGAGUACAGUCAGAAACCACUUCAGUUAUUUCAUCAGAAGGGACUUCUUCAAGUGAGAAGACAUCAGCUCUGUCAACUGAAACCCAAGAACCAAUCACAGUAGCAUCAGCACUCACCAAAGAAAUGACAGCAAUUACAGCUGAAACAACAGCAGCAGUUUCAACAAUGUCCAGUACAGAGAAAAGGACUACAUUAGCAUCAGCAGUGACAUCUAAUGUUCCACCAAGCACAUCACAAGAAACAUCUGUUCUGAUUACCACACCAGUAGAAGUAACUCCAACAUUCCUAUCUCCUACUGUAGAAGUCUCUAGCACAAUAACAGGAACAACACUCUUAUCAGAAGAAACUUCUGCCCCUUCCACUGUAACUUUAGCAAACAGAGUAACAGAGAGUCUGACACCUGUGGCAACAAGUGAACUGGUCACAAGCACAUCUGUUAUAACAAGCAGAGCACAGCCAGCAAGUAUUACCCAGAUGUCAACAGAAACAAUGUCAACAAGUGAGAAGACAUCUGUUUUCUCAACUACAGCUAAGGAACCAACCUCAGAGGCAUUGACUUCUCCCAAAGAAACAACAGGUAUUACAACUGAAAUAACAGCAGCGUCUCUAGCAUUGUCUAGUAGACAGCAAGAGAUAACAUCAGCAUCAGGAGUAACGUCUAUUGUUCUAUCAAGUACACUGGAAGAAACUUCUAGUCUGACUAGCACACCAGCAGGAAUAACAACAUCAGUAACAGCCACUCCAGAAACAAGUAACAGAGUGUUGUUGCCAACAACAGAGGAAACAAGCAUACUCACAACAUCCCCAUCACAGACUACUACAGUUACUCCAGCCUUAACAAGCACAGUAGCAGAGAGUACAAUGUCGGCUGUAACAAGUGAGGGAACAAGUGUAAGUACAUCUGGUGUAACAAGCAGAGUACAGUCAGAAACCAUUUCAGUUAUUUCAUCAGCAGGAAUGGCAUCAAGUGAAAAGACAGCUUCUGUGUUAACCACAACCCAAGAACCAACCACAGUAGCAUCAAUAUCCACCAAAGAAGCCUCAAGUGAAGCAACAACAGCAGCAAUUUCAACACUGUCCAGUACAGAGAAAGGGACUACAUUAGUAUCAGCAGUAACAUCUAAUGUUCCAUCAAGCACAUCACAAGAAACAUCUGCUCUGAUUACCACACCAGCAAAAGUAACUCCAACAUCCCUAUCUCCUACUGCAGAAGUCUCUAGCCCAAUAAUAGGAACAACACUCUUAUCAGAAGAAACUUCUUCCCCUUCCACUGUAACCUUAGCAAACAGAGUAACAGAGAGUCUGACUCCUGCGGCAACAAGUGAACUGGUCACAAGCACGUCUGUUAUAACAAGCAGAGCACAGUCAACAAGUAUUACCCAAAUGUCAUCAGAAACAAUGUCAACAAGUGAGAAGACAUCUGUUUUCUCAACCACAGCUAAGGAACCAACCUCAGAGGUAUUGACUUCCCCCAAGGAAACAACAGGUAUUACAAGUGAAAUAACAGCAGCGUCUCUAGCAUUGUCUAGUAGACAGCAAGAGAUAACAUCAGCAUCAGGAGUGACGUCUAUUGUUCCAUCAAGUACAAUGGAAGAAACUUCUAGUCUGACUAGCACACCAGCAGGAAUAACAGCAUCGGUAACAGCUACACCAGAAACAAGUAGCAGUGUACUGUUACCAUCAACACAGGAAACAAGCAUACUCACAUCAUCCCAAUCACAAAAUACAACAGUUGCUCCAGCCUUAACUAGCACAGUAGCAGAGAGUACAACUUCAGCUGUAACAAUUGAAGGAACAAGUGUAAGUACAUCUGGUAUAACAAGCAGAGUACAGUCAGAAACCACUUCAGUUAUUUCAUCAGAAGGAACUUUAUCAAGUGAGAAGACAUCUUUUCUGUCAACUACAAGCCAUGAACCAACCAUAGUGGCAUCAACAGCCACCAAGGAGACAACAAUUAUUACAAGUGAAACAACAGCAGGAGUUUCAGCACUAUCUAACAGACAGCAAGAGAUUACAUCAGCAUCAACAGUGACUUCUAAUGUCCCAUCAGGUACAUCUCUGGGAAUUUCCACUGUGACUACCACACCACCAGAAGUGACCACAACAUUAGAGACUCAUCCGCUAGAAACAACAAGCAUAAUAAUAGAAAAAUCAACAUAUGUGACCAGUGAGCUAAUGUCCACAACAGAAAGUACCACAGUGCCUUCAACCACAGAGUUUGAAAGCACCAUGGCAGAGAGUAGUACCUCAGCUGCAGUAAGUGAAGUAGCUACAACAAGUUCAAUUGUAUUAGGAACAACUGUAUACUCAACUGUUCCAUUAGGGGUGACAUCAGUGAUAAGUCUGCCAAGUGGGAAAGUUGUUUCAUCAACUACAAUGCAAGAAGCAAGCACUGUGGUCCCAACAUCAACCAGACAAAUAACUGUGAUAAAAAGUCAAACACCACCUCUUUCAGAAACAAAAGUACAAACACAGACAACCGAGGCCUUGCCAAGUACUUUGCCUCUGACAUCAACCCCUCUGCCAGUUGUAACAGAAGAAAUCAUUGCUCACUCUCAGAUUGCUGUUGGGCAGGGACCAUCCUGGAAUUUAACUACCUUGCCUUCAACCACAAUAACUUCUACACCUGCUGCACCAGUGAUAUCUACUGUUUUAUCAAGAACAUCACAAGAAACUUCCUCUCUGGCAAAGACAUCAACAGAAUUACCUACAACUUCAGUAAAUUUUACUCCAAAAACACCUACCAAACUUAUGCUAACAUCAGGACAGGAAGAAGGUAUAUCAACAACACCCACAUUAGAACUGAGUACAGUGCCUCUGACUUCAGCUUUAGAAACAACAAUAGCUGGAAGCAGUCCUUCCACUGCAACAGCUGAACUAGUUAGCCCAAGUACGUCCAGUAUAACAGGUACAACUCAAUCAAGUACUACAGUGAUGUCAACAGAAACAAGUCUGAAGACAUUAGCUCUGUCAACUAAACCCCAAGAACCAACUACAGAAGCAUCAACAUCCACCAAAGAAGCAACAAGCGAAGCAACAAGAACAGCAGUUUCAACAAUGUCCAGUACAGAGAAAGGGACUACAUUAGUAUCAGCAGUGACAUCUAGUGUUCCACCAAGCACAUCACAAGAAACAUCUGUUUUGAUUACCACACCAGCAAAAGUAACUCCAACAUCCCUAUCUCCUACUGCAGAAAGGUCUAGCACUAUAAUAGGAACAACACUCUUAUCAGAAGAAAGCUCUACCUCUUCCACUAUAACUUUAGCAAACAGAGUAACAGAGAGUCUGACUCCUGUGGCAACCAGUGAACUGGUCACAAGCACAUCUGUUAUAACAAGCAGAGCACAGCCAACAAGUAUUACCCAGAUGUCAACAGAAACAAUGUCAACAAGUGAAAAAGCUUCUGUUUUCUCAACCACGGCUAAGGAGCCAACCUCAGAGGCAUUGACUUCUCCCAAGGAAACAACAGGUAUUACAAGUGAAAUAACAGCAGCGUCUCUAGCAUUGUCUAGUAGACAGCAAGAGAUAACAUCAGCAUCAGGAGUGACGUCUAUUGUUCCAUCAAGUACAAUGGAAGAAACUUCUAGUCUGACUAGCACACCAGCAGGAAUAACAGCAUCGGUAACAGCUACACCAGAAACAAGUAGCCGUGUACUGUUACCAUCAACACAGGAAACAAGCAUACUCACAUCAUCCCAAUCACAAAAUACAACAGUUACUCCAGCCUUAACUAGCACAGUAGCAGAGAGUACAACUUCAGCUGUAACAAUUGAAGGAACAAGUGUAAGUACAUCUGGUAUAACAAGCAGAGUACAGUCAGAAACCACUUCAGUUAUUUCAUCAGAAGGGACUUCUUCAAGUGAGAAGACAUCAGCUCUGUCAACUGAAACCCAAGAACCAAUCACAGUAGCAUCAGCACUCACCAAAGAAAUGACAGCAAUUACAGCUGAAACAACAGCAGCAGUUUCAACAAUGUCCAGUACAGAGAAAGGGACUACAUUAGUAUCAGCAGUAACAUCUAAUGUUCCAUCAAGCACAUCACAAGAAACAUCUGUUCUAAUUACCACACCAGUAGAAGUAACUCCAACAUCCCUAUCUCCUACUGCAGAAGUCUCUAGCACAAUAAUAGGAACAACACUCUUAUCAGAAGAAACUUUUGCCCCUUCCACUGUAACUUUAGCAAACAGAGUAACAGAGAGUCUGACACCUGUGGCAACAAGUGAACUGGUCACAAGCACAUCUGUUAUAACAAGCGGAUCCCAGUCAACAAGAAUUAUCCAGAUGUCAACAGAAACAAUGUCAACAAGUGAGAAGACAUCUGUUUUCUCAACCACAGCUAAGGAACCAACCUCAGAGGCAUUGACUUCUCCCAAAGAAACAACAGGUAUUACAAGUGAAAUAACAACAGCGUCUCUAGCAUUGCCUAGUAGACAGCAAGAGAUAACAUCAGCAUCAGGAGUAACGUCUAUUGUUCUAUCAAGUACACCGGAAGAAACUUCUAGUCUGACUAGCACACCAGCAGGAAUAACAACAUCAGUAACAGCCACUCCAGAAACAAGUAACAGAGUGUUGUUGCCAACAACAGAGGAAACAAGCAUACUCACAACAUCCCCAUCACAGACUACUACAGUUACUCCAGCCUUAACAAGCACAGUAGCAGAGAGUACAAUGUCGGCUGUAACAAGUGAGGGAACAAGUGUAAGUACAUCUGGUGUAACAAGCAGAGUACAGUCAGAAACCAUUUCAGUUAUUUCAUCAGCAGGAAUGGCAUCAAGUGAAAAGACAGCUUCUGUGUUAACCACAACCCAAGAACCAACCACAGUAGCAUCAAUAUCCACCAAAGAAGCAUCAAGUGAAGCAACAACAGCAGCAAUUUCAACACUGUCCAGUACAGAGAAAGGGACUACAUUAGUAUCAGAAGUAACAUCUAAUGUUCCAUCAAACACAUCACAAGAAACAUCUGCUCUGAUUACCACACCAGCAAAAGUAACUCCAACAUCCCUAUCUCCAACUGCAGAAGUCUCUAGCACAAUAAUAGGAACAACACUCUUAUCAGAAGAAACUUCUGCCCCUUCCACUGUAACCUUAGCAAACAGAGUAACAGAGAGUCUGACUCCUGCGGCAACAAGUGAACUGGUCACAAGCACAUCUGUUAUAACAAGCGGAGCACAGUCAACAAGUAUUACCCAAAUGUCAUCAGAAACAAUGUCAACAAGUGAGAAGACAUCUGUUUUCUCAACCACAGCUAAGGAACCAACCUCAGAGGUAUUGACUUCUCCCAAGGAAACAACAGGUAUUACAAGUGAAAUAACAGCAGCGUCUCUAGCAUUGUCUAGUAGACAGCAAGAGAUAACAUCAGCAUCAGGAGUGACGUCUAUUGUUCCAUCAAGUACAAUGGAAGAAACUUCUAGUCUGACUAGCACACCAGCAGGAAUAACAGCAUCGGUAACAGCUACACCAGAAACAAGUAGCAGUGUACUGUUACCAUCAACACAGGAAACAAGCAUACUCACAUCAUCCCCAUCACAAACUACUACAGUUACUCCAGCCUUAACAAGCAUAGUAGCAGAGAGUACAACUUCAGCGUUAACAAGUGAAGGAACAAGUGUAAGUACAUUUGGUAUAACAAGCAGAGUACACUCAGAAACCAUUUCAGUUAUUUCAUCAGAAGGAACUUUAUCAAGUGAGAAGACAUCUUUUCUGUCAACUACAAGCCAUGAACCAACCAUAGUGGCAUCAACAGCCACCAAGGAGACAACAAUUAUUACAAGUGAAACAACAGCAGGAGUUUCAGCACUAUCUAACAGACAGCAAGAGAUUACAUCAGCAUCAACAGUGACUUCUAAUGUCCCAUCAGGUACAUCUCUGGGAAUUUCCACUGUGACUACCACACCACCAGAAGUGACCACAACAUUAGAGACUCAUCCGCUAGAAACAACAAGCAUAAUAAUAGAAAAAUCAAAAUAUGUGACCAGUGAGCUAAUGUCCACAACAGAAAGUACCACAGUGCCUUCAACCACAGAGUUUGAAAGCACCAUGGCAGAGAGUAGUACCUCAGCUGCAGUAAGUGAAGCAGCUACCACAAGUUCACUUGUAUUAGGAACAACUGUAUACUCAACUGUUCCAUUAGGGGUGACAUCAGUGAUAAGUCUGCCAAGUGGGAAAGUUGUUUCAUCAACUACAAUGCAAGAAGCAAGCACUGUGGUCCCAACAUCAACCAGACAAACAACUGUGAUAAAAAGUCAAACACCACCACUUUCAGAAACAAAAGUACAAACACAGACAACCGAGGCCUUGCCAAGUACUUUGCCUCUGACAUCAACCCCUCUGCCAGUUGUAACAGAAGAAAUCAUUGCUCACUCUCAGAUUCCUGUUGGGCAGGGACCAUCCUGGAAUUUAACUACCUUGCCUUCAACCACAAUAACUUCUACACCUGCUGCACCAGUGAUAUCUACUGUUUUAUCAAGAACAUCACAAGAAAGUUCCUCUCUGGCAAAGACAUCAGCAGAAUUACCUACAACUUCAGUAAAUUUUACUCCAAAAACACCUACCAAACUUAUGCUAACAUCAGGACAGGAAGAAGUUAUAUCAACAACACCCACAUUAGAACUGAGUACAGUGCCUCUGACUUCAGCUUUAGAAACAACAAUAGCUGGAAGCAGUCCUUCCACUGCAACAGCUGAACUAGUUAGCCCAAGUACGUCCAGUAUAACAGGUACAACUCAAUCAAGUACUACAGUGAUGUCAACAGAAACAAGUCUGAAGACAUUCGCUCUGUCAACUAAACCCCAAGAACCAACUAUAGAAGCAUCAACAUCCACCAAAGAAGCAACAAGCGAAGCAACAAGAACAGCAGUUUCAACAAUGUCCAGUACAGAGAAAGGGACUACAUUAGUAUCAGCAGUGACAUCUAGUGUUCCACCAAGCACAUCACAAGAAACAUCUGUUCUGAUUACCACACCAGCAGAAGUAACUCCAACAUCCCUAUCUCCUACUGCAGAAAGGUCUAGCACAAUAAUAGGAACAACACUCUUAUCAGAAGAAACUUCUGCCCCUUCCACUGUAACCUUAGAAAACAGAGUAACAGAGAGUCUGACUCCUGCGGCAACAAGUGAACUGGUCACAAGCACAUCUGUUAUAACAAGCGGAGCACAGUCAACAAGUAUUACCCAAAUGUCAUCAGAAACAAUGUCAGCAAGUGAGAAGACAUCUGUUUUCUCAACCACAGCUAAGGAACCAACCUCAGAGGUAUUGACUUCCCCCAAGGAAACAACAGGUAUUACAAGUGAAAUAGCAGCGUCUCUAGCAUUGUCUAGUAGACAGCAAGAGAUAACAUCAACAUCAGGAGUGAUGUCUAUUGUUCUAUCAAGUACACUGGAAGAAAUUUCUAGUCUGACUAGCACACCAGCAGGAAUAACAGCAUCGGUAACAGCUACACCAGAAACAAGUAGCCGUGUACUGUUACCAUCAACACAGGAAACAAGCAUACUCACAUCAUCCCAAUCACAAAAUACUACAGUUACUCCAGCCUUAACAAGCACAGUAGCAGAGAGUACAACUUCAGCUGUAACAAGUGAAGGAACAAGUGUAAGUACAUCUGGUAUAACAAGCAGAGUACAGUCAGAAACCACUUCAGUUAUUUCAUCAGAAGGAACUUCUUCAAGUGAGAAGACAUCAGCUCUGUCAACUGAAACCCAAGAACCAAUCACAGUAGCAUCAGCACUCACCAAAGAAAUGACAGCAAUUACAGCUGAAACAACAGCAGCGGUUUCAACACUGUCCAGUAUAGAGAAAAGGACUACAUUAGUAUCAGCAGUGACAUCUAGUGUUCCAUCAAGCACAUCACAAGAAACAUCUGUUCUGAUUACCACACCAGUAGAAGUAACUCCAACAUCCCUAUCUCCUACUGCAGAAGUCUCUAGCACAAUAAUAGGAACAACACUCUUAUCAGAAGAAACUUCUGCCCCUUCCACUGUAACUUUAGCAACCAGAGUAACAGAGAGUCUGACACCUGUGGCAACAAGUGAACUGGUCACAAGCACAUCUGUUAUAACAAGCGGAGCACAGUCUACAAGAAUUACCCAGAUGUCAACAGAAACAAUGUCAACAAGUGAGAAGACAUCUGUUUUCUCAACCACAGCUAAGGAACCAACCUCAGAGGCAUUGACUUCUCCCAAAGAAACAACAGGUAUUACAAGUGAAAUAACAACAGCGUCUCUAGCAUUGUCUAGUAGACAGCAAGAGAUAACAGCAUCAGGAGUGACGUCUAUUGUUCUAUCAAGUACACUGGAAGAAACUUCUAGUCUGACUAGCACACCAGCAGGAAUAACAACAUCAGUAACAGCCACUCCAGAAACAAGUAACAGAGUGUUGUUGCCAACAGAGGAAACAAGCAUACUCACAACAUCCCCAUCACAGACUACUACAGUUACUCCAGCCUUAACAAGCACAGUAGCAGAGAGUACAAGGUCGGCUGUAACAAGUGAGGGAACAAGUGUAAGUACAUCUGGUGUAACAAGCAGAGUACAGUCAGAAACCAUUUCAGUUAUUUCAUCAGCAGGAACGGCAUCAAGUGAAAAGACAGCUUCUGUGUUAACCACAACCCAAGAACCAACCAAAGUAGCAUCCACCCCCACCAAAGAAAUGACAGCAAUUACAGCUGAAAUAACCGCAGCAGUUUCAAUACUGUCCAGUACAGAGAAAAGGACUACAUUAGUAUCAGCAGUAACAUCUAAUGUUCCAUCAAGCACAUCACAAGAAACAUCUGCUCUGAUUACCACACCAGUAGAAGUAACUCCAACAUCCCUAUCUCCUACUGCAGAAGUCUCUAGCCCAAUAAUAGGAACAACACUCUUAUCAGAAGAAACUUCUGCCCCUUCCACUGUAACCUUAGAAAAUAGAGUAACAGAGAGUCUGACUCCUGCGGCAACAAGUGAACUGGUCACAAGCACAUCUGUUAUAACAAGCGGAGCACAGUCAACAAGUAUUACCCAAAUGUCAUCGGAAACAAUGUCAACAAGUGAGAAGACAUCUGUUUUCUCAACCACAGCUAAGGAACCAACCUCAGAGGUAUUGACUUCUCCCAAGGAAACAACAGGUAUUACAAGUGAAAUAACAGCAGCAUCUCUAGCAUUGUCUAGUAGACAGCAAGAGAUAACAUCAGCAUCAGGAGUGACGUCUAUUGUUCCAUCAAGUACAAUGGAAGAAACUUCUAGUCUGACUAGCAUACCAGCAGGAAUAACAGCAUCGGUAACAGCUACACCAGAAACAAGUAGCCGUGUACUGUUACCAUCAACACAGGAAACAAGCAUACUCACAUCAUCCCCAUCACAAACUACUACAGUUACUGCAGCCUUAACAAGCACAGUAGCAGAGAGUACAACUUCAUCUGUAACAAUUGAAGGAACAAGUGUAAGUACAUCUGGUAUAACAAGCAGAGUACACUCAGAAACCAUUUCAGUUAUUUCAUCAGAAGGAACUUUAUCAAGUGAGAAGACAUCUUUUCUGUCAACUACAAGCCAUGAACCAACCAUAGUGGCAUCAACAGCCACCAAGGAGACAACAAUUAUUACAAGUGAAACAACAGCAGGAGUUUCAGCACUAUCUAACAGACAGCAAGAGAUUACAUCAGCAUCAACAGUGACUUCUAAUGUCCCAUCAGGUACAUCUCUGGGAAUUUCCACUGUGACUACCACACCACCAGAAGUGACCACAACAUUAGAGACUCAUCCGCUAGAAACAACAAGCAUAAUAAUAGAAAAAUCAACAUAUGUGACAAGUGAGCUAAUGUCCACAACAGAAAGUACCACAGUGCCUUCAACCACAGAGUUGGAAAGCACCAUGGCAGAGAGUAGUACCUCAGCUGCAGUAAGUGAAGCAGCUACCAAAAGUUCACUUGUAUUAGGAACAACUGUAUACUCAACUGUUCCAUUAGGGGUGACAUCAGUGAUAAGUCUGCCAAGUGGGAAAGUUGUUUCAUCAACUACAAUGCAAGAAGCAAGCACUGUGGUCCCAACAUCAACCAGACAAAUAACUGUGAUAAAAAGCCAAACACCACCACUUUCAGAAACAAAAGUACAAACACAGACAAUCGAGGCCUUGCCAAGUACUUUGCCUCUGACAUCAACCCCUCUGCCAGUUGUAACAGAAGAAAUCAUUGCUCACUCUCAGAUUCCUGUUGGGCAGGGACCAUCCUGGAAUUUAACUACCUUGCCUUCAACCACAAUAACUUCUACACCUGCUGCACCAGUGAUAUCUACUGUUUUAUCAAGAACAUCACAAGAAAGUUCCUCUCUGGCAAAAACAUCAGCAGAAUUACCUACAACUUCAGUAAAUUUUACUCCAAAAACACCUACCAAAAUUAUGCUAACAUCAGGACAGGAAGAAGGUAUAUCAACAACACCCACAUUAGAACUGAGUACAGUGCCUCCAACUUCAGCUUUAGAAACAACAAUAGCUGGAAGCAGUCCUUCCACUGCAACAGCUGAACUAGUUAGCACAAGUACGUCCAGUAUAACAGGUACAACUCAAUCAAGUACUACAGUGAUGUCAACAGAAACAAGUCUGAAGACAUUAGCUCUGUCAACUAAACCCCAAGAACCAACUACAGAAGCAUCAACAUCCACCAAAGAAGCAACAAGCGAAGCAACAAGAACAGCAGUUUCAACAAUGUCCAGUACAGAGAAAGGGACUACAUUAGUAUCAGCAGUGACAUCUAGUGUUCCACCAAGCACAUCACAAGAAACAUCUGUUCUGAUUACCACACCAGCAGAAGUAACUCCAACAUCCCUAUCUCCUACUGCAGAAAGGUCUAGCACUAUAACAGGAACAACACUCUUAUCAAAAGAAACCUCUACCUCUUCCACUAUAACUUUAGCAAACAAAGUAACAGAAAGUCUGACUCCUGUGGCAACCAGUGAACUGGUCACAAGCACAUCUGUUAUAACAAGCAGAGCACAGCCAACAAGUAUUACCCAGAUGUCAACAGAAACAAUGUCAACAAGUGAAAAGGCAUCUGUUUUCUCAACCACGGCUAAAGAGCCAACCUCAGAGGCAUUGACUUCCCCCAAAGAAACAACAGGUAUUACAAGUGAAAUAACAGCAGCGUCUCUAGCAUUGUCUAGUAGACAGCAAGAGAUAACAUCAACAUCAGGAGUGAUGUCUAUUGUUCUAUCAAGUACACUGGAAGAAAUUUCUAGUCUGACUAGCACACCAGCAGGAAUAACAGCAUCGGUAACAGCUACACCAGAAACAAGUAGCAGUGUACUGUUACCAUCAACACAGGAAACAAGCAUACUCACAUCAUCCCAAUCACAAAAUACAACAGUUACUCCAGACUUAACUAGCACAGUAGCAGAGAGUACAACUUCAGCUGUAACAAGUGAAGGAACAAGUGUAAGUACAUCUGGUAUAACAAGCAGAGUACAGUCAGAAACCACUUCAGUUAUUUCAUCAGAAGGGACUUCUUCAAGUGAGAAGACAUCAGCUCUGUCAACUGAAACCCAAGAACCAAUCACAGUAGCAUCAGCACUCACCAAAGAAAUGACAGCAAUUACAGCUGAAACAAUAGCAGCAGUUUCAACAAUGUCCAGUAUAGAGAAAAGGACUACAUUAGUAUCAGCAGUAACAUCUAAUGUUCCAUCAAGCACAUCACAAGAAACAUCUGUUCUGAUUACCACACCAGUAGAAGUAACUCCAACAUCCCUAUCUCCUACUGCAAAAGUCUCUAGCACAAUAAUAGGAACAACACUCUUAUCAGAAGAAACUUCUGCCCCUUCCACUGGAACUUUAGCAAACAGAGUAACAGAGAGUCUGACACCUGUGGCAACAAGUGAACUGGUCACAAGCACAUCUGUUAUAACAAGCGGAUCCCAGUCAACAAGAAUUACCCAGAUGUCAACAGAAACAAUGUCAACAAGUGAGAAGACAUCUGUUUUCUCAACCACAGCUAAGGAACCAACCUCAGAGGCAUUGACUUCUCCCAAAGAAACAACAGGUAUUACAAGUGAAAUAACAACAGCGUCUCUAGCAUUGUCUAGUAAACAGCAAGAGAUAACAUCAGCAUCAGGAGUGACGUCUAUUGUUCUAUCAAGUACACUGGAAGAAACUUCUAGUCUGACUAGCACACCAGCAGGAAUAACAGCAUCGGUAACAGCUACACCAGAAACAAGUAGCAGUGUACUGUUACCAUCAACACAGGAAACAAGCAUACUCACAUCAUCCCAAUCACAAAAUACAACAGUUACUCCAGCCUUAACUAGCACAGUAGCAGAGAGUACAACUUCAGCUGUAACAAUUGAAGGAACAAGUGUAAGUACAUCUGGUAUAACAAGCAGAGUACAGUCAGAAACCACUUCAGUUAUUUCAUCAGAAGGGACUUCUUCAAGUGAGAAGACAUCAGCUCUGUCAACUGAAACCCAAGAACCAAUCACAGUAGCAUCAGCACUCACCAAAGAAAUGACAGCAAUUACAGCUGAAACAACAGCAGCAGUUUCAACACUGUCCAGUAUAGAGAAAAGGACUACAUUAGUAUCAGCAGUAACAUCUAAUGUUCCACCAAGCACAUCACAAGAAACAUCUGUUCUGAUUACCACACCAGUAGAAGUAACUCCAACAUCCCUAUCUCCUACUGCAGAAGUCUCUAGCACAAUAAUAGGAACAACACUCUUAUCAGAAGAAACUUCUGCCCCUUCCACUGUAACUUUAGCAACCAGAGUAACAGAGAGUCUGACACCUGUGGCAACAAGUGAACUGGUCACAAGCACAUCUGUUAUAACAAGCAGAGCACAGUCUACAAGAAUUACCCAGAUGUCAACAGAAACAAUGUCAACAAGUGAGAAGACAUCUGUUUUCUCAACCACAGCUAAGGAACCAACCUCAGAGGCAUUGACUUCUCCCAAAGAAACAACAGGUAUUACAAGUGAAAUAACAACAGCGUCUCUAGCAUUGUCUAGUAGACAGCAAGAGAUAACAGCAUCAGGAGUGACGUCUAUUGUUCUAUCAAGUACACUGGAAGAAACUUCUAGUCUGACUAGCACACCAGCAGGAAUAACAACAUCAGUAACCGCCACUCCAGAAACAAGUAACAGAGUGUUGUUGCCAUCAACAGAGGAAACAAGCAUACUCACAACAUCCCCAUCACAGACUACUACAGUUGCUCCAGCCUUAACAAGCACAGCAGCAGAGAGUACAAUGUCGGCUGUAACAAGUGAGGGAACAAGUGUAAGUACAUCUGGUGUAACAAGCAGAGUACAGUCAGAAACCAUUUCAGUUAUUUCAUUAGCAGGAACGGCAUCAAGUGAAAAGACAGCUUCUGUGUUAACCACAACCCAAGAACCAACCAAAGUAGCAUCCACCCCCACCAAAGAAAUGACAGCAAUUACAGCUGAAAUAACCGCAGCAGUUUCAACACUGUCCAGUACAGAGAAAAGGACUACAUUAGUUUCAGCAGUAACAUCUAAUGUUCCAUCAAGCACAUCACAAGAAACAUCUGCUCUGAUUACCACACCAGUAGAAGUAACUCCAACAUCCCUAUCUCCUACUGCAGAAGUCUCUAGCCCAAUAAUAGGAACAACACUCUUAACAAAAGAAACUUCUGCCCCUUCCACUGUAACCUUAGAAAAUAGAGUAACAGAGAGUCUGACUCCUGCGGCAACAAGUGAACUGGUCACAAGCACAUCUGUUAUAACAAGCGGAGCACAGUCAACAAGUAUUACCCAAAUGUCAUCGGAAACAAUGUCAACAAGUGAGAAGACAUCUGUUUUCUCAACCACAGCUAAGGAACCAACCUCAGAGGUAUUGACUUCUCCCAAGGAAACAACAGGUAUUACAAGUGAAAUAACAGCAGCAUCUCUAGCAUUGUCUAGUAGACAGCAAGAGAUAACAUCAGCAUCAGGAGUGACGUCUAUUGUUCCAUCAAGUACAAUGGAAGAAACUUCUAGUCUGACUAGCACACCAGCAGGAAUAACAGCAUCGGUAACUGCUACACCAGAAACAAGUAGCCGUGUAGUGUUACCAUCAACACAGGAAACAAGCAUACUCACAUCAUCCCAAUCACAAAAUACAACAGUUACUCCAGCCUUAACUAGCACAGUAGCAGGGAGUACAACUUCAGCUGUAACAAUUGAAGGAACAAGUGUAAGUACAUCUGGUAUAACAAGCAGAGUACACUCAGAAACCAUUUCAGUUAUUUCAUCAGAAGGAACUUUAUCAAGUGAGAAGACAUCUUUUCUGUCAACUACAAGCCAUGAACCAACCAUAGUGGCAUCAACAGCCACCAAGGAGACAACAAUUAUUACAAGUGAAACAACAGCAGGAGUUUCAGCACUAUCUAACAGACAGCAAGAGAUUACAUCAGCAUCAACAGUGACUUCUAAUGUCCCAUCAGGUACAUCUCUGGGGAUUUCCACUGUGACUACCACACCACCAGAAGUGACCACAACAUUAGAGACUCAUCCGCUAGAAACAACAAGCAUAAUAAUAGAAAAAUCAACAUAUGUGACAAGUGAGCUAAUGUCCACAACAGAAAGUACCACAGUGCCUUCAACCACAGAGUUUGAAAGCACCAUGGCAGAGAGUAGUACCUCAGCUGCAGUAAGUGAAGCAGCUACCACAAGUUCACUUGUAUUAGGAACAACUGUAUACUCAACUGUUCCAUUAGGGGUGACAUCAGUGAUAAGUCUGCCAAGUGGGAAAGUUGUUUCAUCAACUACAAUGCAAGAAGCAAGCACUGUGGUCCCACCAUCAACCAGACAAACAACUGCGAUAAAAAGUCAAACACCACCACUUUCAGAAACAAAAGUACAUACACAGACAACCGAGGCCUUGCCAAGUACUUUGCCUCUGACAUCAACCCCUCUGCCAGUUGUAACAGAAGAAAUCAUUGCUCACUCUCAGAUUCCUGUUGGGCAGGGACCAUCCUGGAAUUUAACUACCUUGCCUUCAACCACAAUAACUUCUACACCUGCUGCACCAGUGAUAUCUACUGUUUUAUCAAGAACAUCACAAGAAAGUUCCUCUCUGGCAAAAACAUCAGCAGAAUUACCUACAACUUCAGUAAAUUUUACUCCAAAAACACCUACCAAAAUUAUGCUAACAUCAGGACAGGAAGAAGGUAUAUCAACAACACCCACAUUAGAACUGAGUACAGUGCCUCCAACUUCAGCUUUAGAAACAACAAUAGCUGGAAGCAUUCCUUCCACUGCAACAGCUGAACUAGUUAGCCCAAGUAUGUCCAGUAUAACAGGUACAACUCAAUCAAGUACUACAGUGAUGUCAACAGAAACAAGUCUGAAGACAUUAGCUCUGUCAACUAAACCCCAAGAACCAACUACAGAAGCAUCAACAUCCACCAAAGAAGCAACAAGGGAAGCAACAAGAACAGCAGUUUCAACAAUGUCCAGUACAGAGAAAGGGACUACAUUAGUAUCAGCAGUGACAUCUAGUGUUCCACCAAGCACAUCACAAGAAACAUCUGCUCUGAUUACCACACUAGCAGAAGUAACUCCAACAUCCCUAUCUCCUACUGCAGAAAGGUCUAGCACUAUAAUAGGAACAACACUCUUAUCAGAAGAAACUUCUGCCCCUUCCACUGUAACUUUUGCAAACAGAGUAACAGGGAGUCUGACUCCUGUGGCAACCAGUGAACUGGUCACAAGCACAUCUGUUAUAACAAGCAGAGCACAGCCAACAAGUAUUACCCAGAUGUCAACAGAAACAAUGUCAACAAGUGAAAAGGCAUCUGUUUUCUCAACCACAGCUAAGGAGCCAACCUCAGAGGCAUUGACUUCCCCCAAAGAAACAACAGGUAUUACAAGUGAAAUAACAGCAGCGUCUCUAGCAUUGUCUAGUAGACAGCAAGAGAUAACAUCAACAUCAGGAGUGACGUCUAUUGUUCCAUCAAGUACAAUGGAAGAAACUUCUAGUCUGACUAGCACACCAGCAGGAAUAACAACAUCAGUAACAGCCACUCCAGAAACAAGUAACAGAGUGUUGUUGCCAACAACAGAGGAAACAAGCAUACUCACAACAUCCCCAUCACAGACUACUACAGUUACUCCAGCCUUAACAAGCACAGUAGCAGAGAGUACAAUGUCGGCUGUAACAAGUGAGGGAACAAGUGUAAGUACAUCUGGUGUAACAAGCAGAGUACAGUCAGAAACCAUUUCAGUUAUUUCAUCAGCAGGAAUGGCGUCAAGUGAAAAGACAGCUUCUGUGUUAACCACAACCCAAGAACCAACCACAGUAGCAUCAAUAUCCACCAAAGAAGCCUCAAGUGAAGCAACAACAGCAGCAAUUUCAACACUGUCCAGUACAGAGAAAGGGAUUACAUUAGUAUCAGCAGUAACAUCUAAUGUUCCAUCAAGCACAUCACAAGAAACAUCUGCUCUGAUUACCACACCAGCAAAAGUAACUCCAACAUCCCUAUCUCCUACUGCAGAAGUCUCUAGCACAAUAAUAGGAACAACACUCUUAUCAGAAGAAACUUCUGCCCCUUCCACUGUAACCUUAGAAAACAGAGUAACAGAGAGUCUGACUCCUGCGGCAACAAGUGAACUGGUCACAAGCACAUCUGUUAUAACAAGCGGAGCACAGUCAACAAGUAUUACCCAAAUGUCAUCAGAAACAAUGUCAACAAGUGAGAAGACAUCUGUUUUCUCAGCCACGGCUAAGGAACCAACCUCAGAGGUAUUGACUUCUCCCAAAGAAACAACAGGAAUUACAAGUGAAAUAACAGCAGCGUCUCUAGCAUUGUCUAGUAGACAGCAAGAGAUAACAUCAGCAUCAGGAGGGACGUCUAUUCUUCAAUCAAGUACAAUGGAAGAAACUUCUAGUUUGACUAGCACACCAGCAGGAAUAACAGCAUCGGUAACAGCUACACCAGAAACAAGUAGCAGUGUACUGUUACCAUCAACACAGGAAACAAGCAUACUCACAACAUCCCCACCAGGAAGUACUACAGUUACUGCAGCCUUAACAAGCACAGUAGCAGAGAGUACAACUUCAGCUAUAACAAGUGAAGGAACAGGUGUAAGUACAUCUGGUAUAACAAAAAGAGUACAGUCAGAAACCAUAUCAAUGAUGUCAUCAGAGAUGAUGUCAGCAGUGGAGAAAACCUCUCUUUUGUCAAGCGCAAUUCCUGAACCAGCAACAUUAACAUCAAUGUCUACCAGAGAAGCUACUAUACCUUUAAGUGAGUCAGUGGCAACAACUGCAACUGUAUUUACAAGAAAAGAAACAUCUACAUCACCAUUAACAUCUACUUUUCCUUCAAGUACAUCACAGCAAGCUUUUUCUGUGAGAAACACAAUGCCAGAAGAAACCACAUUUGCAUCUCGCUCUGCACACGUAAGCAGCUCAAUAAGUCUGACAUCAAAACAAGAAACAAGAAUGAUGACAUCAUCUGUAUCAGCUCCUACGUUACAAGUGAGUUCUUUGCCAAACUCUUCCACACAAAGUUCAAGUGAAGCAGCUAGUGAAACCACAGUGGCAACUCUGCUUCUGUCCAUGAAUACUCCAACAAGUACUGCUUUAUCCAUGCUCAGCACAUCUGUUACUCCAGCUAUUAAAACAAGUAAUAACAUGAUGUUACCAAGUUCUGUACCAGAAGCAACCACUGGAGAAAGAACUACAUUAGCUGAGGUCACCAGAGUAUCUGUAACUCCCACCAGAGAAAUAAGUCUCACAAAAUCAUCACCAUUCUCAGCAUCUGAAACAGUUAUACAGACAUCUACUGCUCUUCAGGAAAGUACCGCCCUUAAAACUAUUGUACCAACAGAAGGCAUUUUUAAGCCAGUUACCACCAUUUUUAAAUCAUCAGUUACUACAUUACAGAAUCCUACCAGCAUGUCAUCUUCUACAUCACCAGAAACGGGUGAAUCAUUCUCAGUAUCAAAAACAGAACAGACUCCUACCACCACAUCAUCUUCUACAUCUCCAGAAACAAUUGAAACAAUCUCAGUACCAAAAACAGAACAGACUCCUACCACCAUGUCAUCUUCUGCACCACCAGAAACGGGUGAAACAUUCUCAGUAUCAAAAACAGAACAGACUCCUACCACCAUGUCAUCUUCUACAUCUCCAGAAACAAUUGAAACAUUCUCAGUACCAAAAACAGAACAGUAUAUAUUAUCUACAGAAUCAAAAAGUCUUUCCUGGACUACUCCACUGAGCAAAUCUGUAAUAUAUCCUUCAAACACAACACUAGCAGAAAUAACAGAAGUCAUUGCUGCACAAAGCAAUAUUCCUGUUAAUCAGAAUCCAUCUGGAAAUAUUACAGUUUUGCCUUCAACUUCAUCAACCACUGCACAGCUGACAGCAGUGGGAGUCCAGUUAACACAAGCAGCUACACCUGGAAGCACAUAUUCUUCCGGAUUGCCAACAAACGUGUUGCCUGCUGUCACGUCAAUACCAUCUACACAGACAACAACAACAGAAGCCCAAUUAACAUCGACAGGCGAGGGAACAAAUGGUACAACUUAUUUAACAUCAUCAAGAGAAACAAUGUCUACAACUUCAACAUCAGUAGUAUUUACACUUGGAUUAAGUUCUGUAUCAUCUACACCUACAUUAAUGUCUAGCACAUCACCAGUGCAGACAUCAACAUCUGGAGAAACAUCAGUGACCAGUGUGCAAACAGGGGCACCAGUGAUACUGUCAGUGACUACACCAGAAAUGAGCACAAGGCCACAGACAUCAUCACAAGCAGCAACUGUGACAACCACAGAAACCACAAUGCUGACUAUGGCUCUAUCCAGUACUGCACUAGGAACAGCACCACAGGUGAGCACUGCAUCCCAGGUGAAUACAAAAACAACUUUAUCUCCAAGUACGGAAAUGAGCAGCACAAAAAUGGGGACACCAGCCUUUGAAACAACCACAUCCACAACGUCUACAGUAGAAAAUAAUAGCUCAGCACAAAGAAGCACAGCAAAAAGCACUUUGGAAACAAGUAAUCAAGUCACCACUGCAGAGGCAUCUACAGAAGCCACUGUGAUAUCCAUAACACCAGUGAAAGUCACAGUAUUACCAUCAUCGGCUACUGAAACAACAAUACUUGGAAAAGAGACGACAUUAUCCUCCAGUAUUGUACCUGUGUCAACAGCAGUGACAACAUCAGAGUUACCACUUAUAACACAGCACAUCACAGCACAGUCCCAGGUUCCAGCCGGACAAGGACCUUUGUCAAAUGUAACUACCGUAUCAGUGACAGAGCUUCCAAGUUCUACACAGCAGCUUACUAAAAUGCAAGAAAGUAAAUCUGCACCAGCCCUGUCAAUUACAGAGACGAUGAGAUCGUUAACAUCUGCACCUGUAGCAAUUACCACAUCAAGCAUGUCAGGAAAGACAAUUGUGACCCCUGGAGCUGUUACAUUGUCACCUAGUGUGACAACAGCAACAAAUACUCAGCAAACAAUGUCUGCAUUAACCACAACUGCUGCAAUUUCAUCUACAACUCCAGUAGAAACAACAAGAACUGCACUGUUACUUCCUACAGGUGAAGCAUCUUUGGUAUCAGGUCCGCUGACAGAGACAAUAAAGUUAGUACCAUCUACUGCAACACCAGAAACUACAAGUACACCUUCAGUCUCAUCACACGGUACCAGUGAAACAAGCCGGGAAACUUCAAGGACAACUGUGGUUCUGUCUGGCUCUGUUCAAAUAUCUACUCCCUUAGCAAGUACCGAAUCUGCUAUGGUCACUACAGCACCUGUAACACCUAGUACAGAAACACAUAGUACUGUAACUGCAGCGUCUGUCCUUGAGACAUUAAAAUUGACAAGUUCUACAACACAAAGUACAUCUGUGCCUUAUACAAGCAGAGGACAAAGCACACAGCAAAUGCCUAGUUCUGCUUUCCUUACACAGUUACCUGGUACAUCUGCAGUAGGAACAAGCAGCUCUGUGUACCCAGCAUCCCCUGAGAAAGUACUAACAUCAACAGCACAAAGUACUGAGGUUAAACUCAGUGCAGAGACAACAGCUGUUUCCUCCAGUACUGUACCACUGACAACAACACCGCCAACAACACCACUACCACUUGUAACCGAGAACAUCAUAGCACAGUCCCAGAUUCCAGCUGGGCAGGGGCCUUCAUCAAAUUUAACUACCUUAUCAGUGACACAGCUUCCAAGUUCUACAGAACAGCUUACUAAAAUGCAAGAAAGUAAAUCUCCAACAACCUUUUCAGUUACUGAGCUCAUAAUACCUGUAACAUCUGUACCUGUAUCAGUUACCACAUCAAGCAUGUCAACAAUGACAUCAGUGACCCCUGGUGUUGUGACUCUGUCACCUAGUCCACCAGUAACAAGCACUCUGCAAACAAUGUCUACAUUAACAACAACUGUGCCAACUUCAUCUACAACUCCAGUAGAAACAACAAGAACCGCAUUGUUACUUUCUACAGGUGAAGCAUCUUCGGUAUCAGGUCCGCUGACAGAGACAAUAAAGUUAGUACCGUCUACUGCAACACCAGAAACUACAAGUACACCUUCAGUCUCAUCACAUGGUACCAGUGAAACAAGUAGGGAAACUCCAAGGACAACUGGGGCUCUGUCUGGUUCUGUUCAAAUAUCUACUCCAUUAGCAAGUACCGAAUCAGCUAUGGUCACUACAGCACCUGUAACACCUAGUACAGAAAUACAUAGUACUGUAAUUGCAGCAUCUGUCCUUGAGACAUUAAAAUCGACAAGUUAUACAACACAAAGUACCUCUGUGCCUUAUACAAGCAGAGGACAAAGCACACAACAAAUGGCUAGUUCUGCUUUCCUUACACAGUUACCUGGUACAUCUGCAGUAGGAACAAGCAGCUCUGUGUACCCAGCAUCCCCUGAGAAAGUACUAACAUCAACAGCACAAAGUACUGAGGUGAAACUCAGUACGGAGACAACAGCUGUUUCCUCUGGUACUGUACCACUGACAACAACACCACCAAUAACACCACUACCACUUGUAACUGAGAACAUCAUAGCACAGUCCCAGAUUCCAGCCGGGCAGGGACCUUCAUCAAAUUUAACUACCUUACCAGUGACACAGCUUCCAAGUUCUACACAACAGCUUACUAAAAUACAAGAAAGUAAAUCUCCAACAGCCUUGUCAGUUACUGAGCUCAUAAUACCUGUAACAUCUGUACCUGUAUCAGUAACCACAUCAAGCAUGUCAACAAUGACAUCAGUGACCCCUGGUGUUGUGACUCUGUCACCUAGUCCACCAGUAACAAGCACUCUGCAAACAAUGUCUACAUUAACCACAACUGUGCCAACUUCAUCUACAACUCCAGUAGAAACAACAAGAACUGCAUUGUUACUUUCUACAGGUGAAGCAUCUUCGGUAUCAGGUCUGCUGACAGAGGUAAUAAAGUUAGUACCAUCUACUGCAACACCAGAAACUACAAGUACACCUUCAGUCUCAUCACACGGAACCAGGGAAACUCCAAGGACAACUGUGGUUCUGCCUGGUUCUGUUCAAAUAUCUACUCCCUUAGCAAGUACCGAAUCGGCUAUGGUCACUACAGCACCUGUAACACACAGUACAGAAACACAUAGUAGUGUAACUUCAGCAUCUGUCCUUGAGACAUUAAAAUCGACAAGUUCUACAACACAAAGUACCUCUGUGCCUUAUACAAGCAGAGGACAAAGCACACAACAAAUGGCUAGUUCUGCUUUCCUUACACAGUUACCUGGUACAUCUGCAGUAGGAACAAGCAUCUCUGUGUACCCAGCAUCCCCUGAGAAAGUACUAACAUCAACAGCACAAAGUACUGAGGUGAAACUCAGUACAGAGACAACAGCUGUUUCCUCCACUACUGUACCACUGACAACAACACCGCCAACAACACCACUACCACUUGUAACUGAGAACAUCAUAGCACAGUCCCAGAUUCCAGCCGGGCAAGGGCCCUCUUCAAAUUUAACUACCUUAUCUGUGACGCAGCUUCCAAGUUCUACACAACAGCUUACUAAAAUGCAAGAAAGUAAAUCUCCAACAACCCUGUCAGUUACAGAGACCAAGAAACCUGUAACAUCUGUAGCUGUAUCAAUUACCACAUCAAGCACAUCAACAAAGAUAUCAGUGACCCCUGGAGCUGUUACAUUGCCACCAAGUUCAACAACAGCAACAAGCCCUCAGCAAACAAUGUCUGCAUUAACCACAACUGCUGCAACUUCAUCUACAACUCUAGCAGAAACAACAAGCACCACACAAUUACUUCCUACAGGUGAAGCAUCUUCGGUAUCGGGUCUGCUGACAGAGACAAUAGUGUUAGUGCCAUCUACUGCUACACCAGAAUCUACAAGUACAGCUUCAGUCUCAUCACACGGAACCAGGGAAACUUCAAGGACAACUGCGGUUCUGUCUGGUUCUGUUCAAAUAUCUACUCCCUUAGCAAGUACCGAAUCAGCUAUGGUCACUACAGCACCUGUAACACCUAGUACAGAAACACAUAGUACUGCAACUGCAGCGCCCAUCCUUGAGACAUUAAAAUCGACAAGUUCUGCAACACAAAGUACAUCUGUGCCUUAUACAAGCAGAGGGGAGAGCACACAACAAAUGCCUAGUUCUGCUUUCCUUACACAGUUACCUGGUACAUCUGUAGAAAGAACAAGCAGCUCUGUGUACCCAGCAUCUACUGAGAAAGUACUAACAUCAAAAGCACAAAGUACUGAGGUGAAACUCAGUACGGAGGCAACAGCUGUUUCCUCCAGUACUGUACCACUGACAACAACACCACCAACAGCACCACUUUCACUUGUAACUGAGAACAUCAUAGCACAGUCCCAGAUUCCAGCCGGGCAAGGGCCCUCUUCAAAUUUAACUACCUUAUCUGUGACGCAGCUUCCAAGUUCUACACAACAGCUUACUAAAAUGCAAGAAAGUAAAUCUCCAACAACCCUGUCAGUUACAGAGACCAAGAAACCUGUAACAUCUGUAGCUGUAUCAAUUACCACAUCAAGCACAUCAACAAAGACAUCAGUGACCCCUGGAGCUGUUACAUUGUCACCAAGUUCGACAACAGCAACAAGCCCUCAGCAAACAAUGUCUGCAUUAACCACAACUGCUGCAACUUCAUCUACAACUCUAGUAGAAACAACAAGCACCACACUGUUACUUCCUACAGGUGAAGCAUCUUCGGUAUCGGGUCUGCUGACAGAGACAAUAGUGUUAGUGCCAUCUACUGCUACAUCAGAAUCUACAAGUACACCUUCAGUUUCUUCGCGUGGUACUAGUGAAACAAGCAGGGAAACUCUAAGGACAGCUGUGGUUCUUUCUGGUUCUGUUCAAAUAUCUACUCCAUUAGCAAGUACCGAAUUGGCUAUAGUCACUACACCACCUGUAACACCUAGUACAGAAACACAUAGUACUGUAACUGCAGCACCUGUCCUUGAAACUUUAAAAUCAACUUCUACCACACAAAGUACAUCUGUGCCUUUUACAAGCAGAGGACAAAGCACACAACAAAUGUCUAGUUCUGCUUUCCUUACACAGUUACCUGGUACAUCUGCAGUAGGAACAAGCAGCUCUGUGUACCCAGAAUCCACUGAGAAAGUACUAACAUCAACAGCACAAAGUACUGAGGUGAAACUCAGUACGGAGACAACAGCUGUUUCCUCCAGUACUGUACCACUGACAACAACACCACCAACAACACCAUUCCCACUUGUAACUGAGAACAUCAUAGCACAGUCCCAGAUUCCAGCUGGGCAGGGACCUUCAUCAAAUUUAACUACCUUACCAGUGUCACAGCUUCCAAGUUCUACACAACAGCUUACUAAAAUGCAGGAAGGUAACUUUCCAACAUCUCUGGCAGUUACUGAGGCCAAGAAACCUGUAACAUCUGUCGCUGUAGCAAUUACCACAUUAAGCAUGUCAGCAAAAGCUUCAUUGACCCCUGGAGCUGUUACAUUGUCAACUAGUCCGACAAUAGCAACAAGCACUCUGCAAACAAUGUCUGCAUUAAAGACAACUGCUGCAACUUCAUCUACAACUCAAGUAGAAACAACAAGCACCGCUCUGUUACUUUCUACAGGUGAAGCAUCUUCGGUAUCGGGUCCGCUGACAGAGACAACAGUGUUAGUGCCAUCUACUGCUACACCAGAAACUACAACUGCAUCUUCAGUCUCAUCUCAUGGUACUAGUGAAACAAGCUGGGAAACUCCAAGAACAACUGUGGUUCUGUCUGCUUCUGUUCAAAUGACUACCUCCCUAGCAAGUACCGAAUCGGCUAUGGUCACUACAGCACCUGUAACAUCUAGUACAGAAACACAUAGUACUGUAACUGCAGCGCCCGUCCUUGAGACAUUAAAAUCGACAAGUUCUACAACACAAAGUACCUCUGUGCCUUAUACAAGCAGAGAACAAAGCACACAACAAAUGGCUAGUUCUGCUUUCCUUACACAGUUACCUGGUACAUCUGCAGUAGGAACAAGCAGCUCUGUGUACCCAGCAUCCCCUGAGAAAGUACUAACAUCAACAGCACAAAGUACUGAGGUGAAACUCAGUACAGAGACAACAGCUGUUUCCUCUGGUACUGUACCACUGACAACAACACCACUAUCACUUGUAACCGAGAACAUCAUAGCACAGUCCCAGAUUCCAGCCGGGCAGGGACCCUCAUCAAAUUUAACUACCUUACCAGUGACACAGCUUCCAAGUUCUACAGAACAGCUUACUAAAAUCCAAGAAAGUAAAUCUCCAACAACCUUGUCAGUUACUGAGCUCAAAAUACCUGUAACAUCUGUACCUGUAUCAGUUGCCACAUCAAGCAUGUCAACAAAGACAUCAGUGACCCCUGGUGUUGUGACUCUGUCACCUAGUCCAUCAGUAACAAGCACUCUGCAAGCAAUGUCUACAUUAACCACAACUGUGCCAACUUCAUCUACAACUCCAGUAGAAACAACAAGAACCGCAUUGUUACUUUCUACAGGUGAAGCAUCUUCGGUAUCAGGUCCACUGACAGAGACAAUAAAGUUAGUGCCAUCUACUGCAACACUAGAAACUACAAGUACUCCUUCAGUCUCAUCACAUGGUACCAGUGAAACUCCGAGGACAACUGUGGUUCUGUCUGGUUCUGUUCAAAUAUCUACUCCCUUAGCAAGUACCGAAUCGGCUAUGGUCACUACAGCACCUGUAACACCUAGUACAGAAACACAUAGUACUGUAACUUCAGCGCCCGUCCUUGAGACAUUAAAAUCAACAAGUUCUACAACACAAAGUACAUCUGUGCCUUUUACAAGCAGAGGACAAAGCACACAACAAAUGGCUAGUUCUGCUUUCCUUACACAGUUACCUGGUACAUCUGCAGUAGGAACAAGCAGCUCUGUGUACCCAGCAUCCCCUGAGAAAGUACUAACAUCAACAGCACAAAGUACUGAGGUGAAACUCAGUACAGAGACAACAGCUGUUUCCUCCAGUACUGUACCACUGACAACAACACCGCCAACAACACCACUACCAUUUGUAACUGAGAACAUCAUAGCACAGUCGCAGAUUCCAGCCGGGCAAGUGCCCUCUUCAAAUUUAACUACCUUAUCUGUGACGCAGCUUCCAAGUUCUACAGAACAGCUUACUAAAAUGCAGGAAAGUAAAUUUCCAACAACCCUGGCAGUCACUGAGAGCAAAAGACCUCUAACAUCUGUAGGUGUAGCAAUUACCACAUCAAGCACAUCAGCAGAAGCAUCAAUGUCCCCAGGAGCUGUUACAGUGUCACCUAGUGCGACAACAACAACAAGCACUCUGCAAACAUUGUCUGGUUUAACCAGAACUGCAGCAAGUUCAUCUACAACUCCAGUAGAAACAACAAGCACUGCAUUCUUACUUUCCACAGCUACGCCUGGAAGUACAUAUUCCAGAUUGCCAACAAAAGAACUACCAGCUGUCACAUCGAUACCAUCUACACAGACAACAACAACAACCGCGGUCCAAUUAACAUCAACAGGUGAGGGAACAAAUGGCACGGCAUAUUUAUCAUCAUCAACAAGAGAAACAAUAGCUACAACUUCAACAUCAGUAGUAUUUACACUUGGAUUAAGUUCUGUGUCAUCUACACCUCCAUUAAUGUCUAGCACAUCACCAGUGCAGACAUCAACAUCUGGAGAAACUUCAAUGACCAGUGUGCAAACAGGGGCACCAGUGAUACUGUCAGUGACUACACCAGAAAUGAGCACAAGGCCACAGACAUCAUCACAAGCAGCAACUGUGACAACCACAGAAACCAAAAUGCUAACUAUGGCUCUAUCCAGUACUGCACUAGAAACAGCACCACAGGUGAGCACUGCAUCCCAGGUGAAUACAAAAAUAACUUUAUCUCCAAGUACGGAAAUGGGCAGCCCAAAAACAGGGACACCAGCCUUUGAAACAACCACAUCCACAACUUCUACAGUAGAAAAUAAUAGCUCAGCACAAAGAAGCACAGCAAAAAGCACUUUGGAAACAAGUAAUCAAGUCACCACUGCAGAGGCAUCUACAGAAACCACUGUGAUAUCCACAUCACCAGUGAAAGUCACAGUAUUACCAUCAUCGGCUACUGAAACAACAAUACUUGGAAAAGAGAUGACAUUAUCCUCCAGUAUUGUACCUGUGUCAACAGCAGUGACAACAUCAAUGUUACCACUUAUAACAGAGCACAUCACAGCACAGUCCCAGGUUCCAGCUGGACAAGGACCUUUGUCAAACGUAACUACCGUAUCAGUGACAGAGCUUCCAAGUUCUACACAGCAGCUUACUAAAAUGCAAGAAAGUAAAUCUCCAACAGCUCUGUCAGCUACUGAAACCAUGAGACCUAUGACAUCUCUAACUGUCGGAAUUCCCCCAUCAAGCAUGUCACUAAAAACUGUUACACUGUCACCUAGUCUGACAACAACAAGCAUUAUGCAAACAACGCCUGCAUUAACCAGAACUGCAGCAACUUCAUCUACAACCCCAGUAGAAACAACAAGCACUGCAUUCUUACUUUCUACUGGUAAAGCAUCAUCAGUAUCAGGUUUACUGACAGAAACAAUAGUGUUAGAGCCAUCUUCUGCUACAUCAGAAAUUGCAAUUACAACAUUAGUCUCAUCACAAGGCAGAAGUGAAAUAACAAGUACUGAAUCAUCUAAAGUUAGCACAGAACCUGUAACCCCUAGUAUGGAAGCAUACAGGACUUCAAAAGUAUCGCCAGCCCUUGAGACAUUAAAAUCAACAAGUUCUACAACACAGCUUAUUCCUUACACAAGCCUUGCACAAGGAACUCAGCAAACAAUUAGUUCUGCUUUCCUUACGCAGUUACCUGGUACAUCUACAGUAGGAACAAGCAGCUCUGUGUACCCAGCAUCCCCUGAGAAAGUAUUAACAUCAACAGGACAAAGUACUGAGGUGAAACUCAGUACGGAGACAACAGCUGUUUCCUCUCAUACUGUACCACUGACAACAACACCACCAACAACACCAUUGCCACUUGUAACUGAGAACAUCAUAGCACAGUCCCAGAUUCCAGCCGGGCAGGGACCUUCAUCAAAUUUAACUACCUUACCAGUGACACAGCUUCCAAGUUCUACACAACAACUUACUAAAGUGCAGGAAAGUAUAUCUCCAACAACGUUGUCAGUUACUGAGCUCAUAAUACCUGUAACAUCUGUACUUGUAUCAGUUACCACAUCAAGCAUGUCAACAAAGACAUCAGUGACCCCUGGUGUUGUGACUCUGUCACCUAGUCCACCAGUAACAAGCACUCUGCAAACAAUGUCUACAUUAACCACAACUGUGCCAACUUCAUCUACAACUCCAGUAGAAACAACAAGAACCACACUGUUACUUUCUACAGGUGAAGCAUCUUCUGUAUCAGGUCCACUGACAGAGACAAUAAAGUUAGUACCAUCUACUGCAACACCAGAAACUACAAGUACACCUUCAGUCUCAUCACAUGGUACCAGUGAAACAAGUAGGGAAACUCCAAGGACAACUGGGGCUCUGUCUGGUUCUGUUCAAAUAUCUACUCCCUUAGCAAGUACCGAAUCGGCUAUGGUCACUACAGCACCUGUAACACCUAGUACAGAAACACAUAGUACUGUAACUGCAGCGCCCGUCCUUGAGACAUUAAAAUCGACAAGUUCUACAACACAAAGUACAUCUGUGCCUUAUACAAGCAGAGGACAAAGCACACAACAGAUGGCUAGUUCUGCUUUCCUUACACAGUUACCUGGUACAUCUGCAGCAGGAACAAGCAGCUCUGUGUACCCAGCAUCCCCUGAGAAAGUACUAACAUCAACAGCACAAAGUACUGAGGUGAAACUCAGUGCAGAGACAACAGCUGUUUCCUCCAGUUCUGUACCACUGACAACAACACCGCCAACAACACCACUACCACUUGUAACCGAGAACAUCAUAGCACAGUCCCAGAUUCCAGCCGGGCAGGGACCUUCAUCAAAUUUAACUACCUUCCCAGUGACACAGCUUCCAAGUUCUACACAACAGCUUACUAAAGUGCAGGAAAGUAUAUCUCCAACAACGUUGUCAGUUACUGAGCUCAUAAUACCUGUAACAUCUGUACCUGUAUCAGUUACCACAUCAAGCAUGUCAACAAAGACAUCAGUGACCCCUGGUGUUGUGACUCUGUCACCUAGUCCACCAGUAACAAGCACUCUGCAAACAAUGUCUACAUUAACCACAACUGCGCCAACUUCAUCUACAACUCCAGUAGAAACAACAAGAACCGCACUGUUACUUUCUACAGGUGAAGCAUCUUCGGUAUCAGGUCCGCUGACAGAGACAAUAAAGUUAUUACCAUCUACUGCAACACCAGAAACUACAAGUACACCUUCAGUCUCAUCACAUGGUACCAGUGAAACAAGUAGGGAAACUCCAAGGACAACUGGGGCUCUGUCUGGUUCUGUUCAAAUAUCUACUCCCUUAGCAAGUACCGAAUCGGCUAUGGUCACUACAGCACCUGUAACACCUAGUACAGAAACACAUAGUAGUGUAACUUCAGCAUCUGUCCUUGAGACAUUAAAAUCGACAAGUUAUACAACACAAGGUACCUCUGUGCCUUAUACAAGCAGAGGGGAGAGCACACAACAAAUGGCUAGUUCUGCUUUCCUUACACAGUUACCUGGUACAUCUGCAGUAGGAACAAGCAGCUCUGUGUACCCAGCAUCCCCUGAGAAAGUACUAACAUCUACAGGACAAAGUAUUGAGGUGAAACUCAGUACAGAGACAACAGCUGUUUCCUCUGGUACUGUACCACUGACAACAACACCACUACCACUUGUAACCGAGAACAUCAUAGCACAGUCCCAGAUUCCAGCCGGGCAAGGACCUUCGUCAAAUUUAACUACCUUAUCUGUGACGCAGCUUCCAAGUUCUACAGAACAGCUUACUAAAAUGCAGGAAAGUAAAUUUCCAACAACUUUGGCAGUUAGUGAGACAAAGAAACCUGUAACAUCUGUGGCUGUAUCAAUUACCAGAUCAAGCACAUCAACAAAGACAUCAGUGACCCCUGGAGCUGUUACAUUGUCACCAAGUUCGACAACAGCAACAAGCACUCUGCAAACAAUGUCUACAUUAACCACAACUGCUGCAACUUCAUCUACAACUCCAGUAGAAACAACAAGUACCACACUGUUACUUCCUACAGGUGAAGCAUCUUCGGUAUCGGGUCCGCUGACAGAGACAAAAGUGUUAGUGCCAUCUACUGCUAUACCAGAAAGUACAAGUACAUAUUCAGUCUCAUCACAUGGUACCAGUGAAACAAGCAGGGAAUCUCCAAGGACAACUGUGGUUCUAUCUGGUUCUGUACAAACAAUUACUCAAACAAGUACCGAAUCAGCUAACGUCAGCAAAGCACUUGUGAGUCCUAUUACAAAAGAACAUAGCACUGUAACAGUGAUGUCGGCCGUUGAGACAUUAAAAUCGACAAGUUCUACAACACAAAAUACAUCUGUGCCUUAUACAAGCAGAGGGGAGAGCACACAACAAAUGUCUAGCUCUGCUUUCCUUACACAGUUACCUGGUACAUCUGCAGUAGGAACAAGCAGCUCUGUGUACCCAGCAUCCCCUGAGAAAUUACUAACAUCAACAGCACAAAGUACUGAGGUGAAACUCAGUACGGAGACAACAGCUGUUUCCUCUGGUACUGUACCACUGACAACAACACCACCAACAACACCAUUGCCACUUGUAACUGAGAACAUCAUAGCACAGUCCCAGAUUCCAGCCGGGCAGGGACCUUCAUCAAAUUUAACUACCUUACCAGUGACACAGCUUCCAAGUUCUACACAACAACUUACUAAAGUGCAGGAAAGUAUAUCUCCAACAACGUUGUCAGUUACUGAGCUCAUAAUACCUGUAACAUCUGUACUUGUAUCAGUUACCACAUCAAGCAUGUCAACAAAGACAUCAGUGACCCCUGGUGUUGUGACUCUGUCACCUAGUCCACCAGUAACAAGCACUCUGCAAACAAUGUCUACAUUAACCACAACUGUGCCAACUUCAUCUACAACUCCAGUAGAAACAACAAGAACCACAUUGUUACUUUCUACAGGUGAAGCAUCUUCUGUAUCAGGUCCACUGACAGAGACAAUAAAGUUAGUACCAUCUACUACAACACCAGAAACUACAAGUACACCUUCAGUCUCAUCACAUGGUACCAGUGAAACAAGUAGGGAAACUCCAAGGACAACUGGGGCUCUGUCUGGUUCUGUUCAAAUAUCUACUCCCUUAGCAAGUACCGAAUCGGCUAUGGUCACUACAGCACCUGUAACACCUAGUACAGAAACACAUAGUACUGUAACUGCAGCGCCCGUCCUUGAGACAUUAAAAUCGACAAGUUCUACAACACAAAGUACAUCUGUGCCUUUUACAAGCAGAGGACAAAUCACACAGCAAAUGCCUAGUUCUGCUUUCCUUACACAGUUACCUGGUACAUCUGCAGUAGGAACAAGCAGCUCUGUGUACCCAGCAUCCCCUGAGAAAUUACUAACAUCAACAGCACAAAGUACUGAGGUGAAACUCAGUGCAGAGACAACAGCUAUUUCCUCCAGUACUGUACCACUGACAACAACACCGCCAACAACACCACUACCACUUGUAACCGAGAACAUCAUAGCACAGUCCCAGAUUCCAGCCGGGCAGGGACCUUCAUCAAAUUUAACUACCUUACCAGUGACACAGCUUCCAAGUUCUACACAACAGCUUACUAAAGUGCAGGAAAGUAUAUCUCCAACAACGUUGUCAGUUACUGAGCUCAUAAUACCUGUAACAUCUGUACCUGUAUCAGUUACCACAUCAAGCAUGUCAACAAAGACAUCAGUGACCCCUGGUGUUGUGACUCUGUCACCUAGUCCACCAGUAACAAGCACUCUGCAAACAAUGUCUACAUUAACCACAACUGUGCCAACUUCAUCUACAACUCCAGUAGAAACAACAAGAACCGCACUGUUACUUUCUACAGGCGAAGCAUCUUCGGUAUCAGGUCCGCUGACAGAGACAAUAAAGUUAUUACCAUCUACUGCAACACCAGAAACUACAAGUACACCUUCAGUCUCAUCACAUGGUACCAGUGAAACAAGUAGGGAAACUCCAAGGACAACUGGGGCUCUGUCUGGUUCUGUUCAAAUAUCUACUCCCUUAGCAAGUACCGAAUCGGCUAUGGUCACUACAGCACCUGUAACACCUAGUACAGAAACACAUAGUAGUGUAACUUCAGCAUCUGUCCUUGAGACAUUAAAAUCGACAAGUUAUACAACACAAGGUACCUCUGUGCCUUAUACAAGCAGAGGACAAAGCACACAACAAAUGGCUAGUUCUGCUUUCCUUACACAGUUACCUGGUACAUCUGCAGUAGGAACAAGCAGCUCUGUGUACCCAGCAUCCCCUGAGAAAGUACUAACAUCUACAGCACAAAGUAUUGAGGUGAAACUCAGUACAGAGACAACAGCUGUUUCCUCUGGUACUGUACCACUGACAACAACACCACUACCACUUGUAACCGAGAACAUCAUAGCACAGUCCCAGAUUCCAGCCGGGCAGGGACCUUCGUCAAAUUUAACUACCUUAUCUGUGACGCAGCUUCCAAGUUCUACAGAACAGCUUACUAAAAUGCAGGAAAGUAAAUUUCCAACAACUUUGGCAGUUAGUGAGACAAAGAAACCUGUAACAUCUGUGGCUGUAUCAAUUACCAGAUCAAGCACAUCAACAAAGACAUCAGUGACCCCUGGAGCUGUUACAUUGUCACCAAGUUUGACAACAGCAACAAGCACUCUGCAAACAAUGUCUACAUUAACCACAACUGCUGCAACUUCAUCUACAACUCCAGUAGAAACAACAAGUACCACACUGUUACUUCCUACAGGUGAAGCAUCUUCGGUAUCGGGUCCGCUGACAGAGACAAAAGUGUUAGUGCCAUCUACUGCUAUACCAGAAAGUACAAGUACAUAUUCAGUCUCAUCACAUGGUACCAGUGAAACAAGCAGGGAAUCUCCAAGGACAACUGUGGUUCUAUCUGGUUCUGUACAAACAAUUACUCAAACAAGUACCGAAUCAGCUAACGUCAGCAAAGCACUUGUGAGUCCUAUUACAAAAGAACAUAGCACUGUAACAGUGAUGUCGGCCGUUGAGACAUUAAAAUCGACAAGUUCUACAACACAAAGUACAUCUGUGCCUUACAUAAGCACAGGACAAAGCACACAACAAAUGCCUAGCUCUGCUUUCCUUACACAGUUACCUGGUACAUCUGCAGUAGGAACAAGCAGCUCUGUGUACCCAGCAUCCCCUGAGAAAGUACUAACAUCAACAGCACAAAGUACUGAGGUGAAACUCAGUACGGAGACAACAGCUGUUUCCUCCAGUACUGUAUCACUGACAACAACACCACCAACAACACCACUACCACUUGUAACCGAGAACAUCAUAGCACAGUCCCAGAUUCCAGCCGGGCAGGGACCUUCAUCAAAUUUAACUACCUUACCAGUGACACAGCUUCCAAGUUCUACACAACAGCUUACUAAAAUGCAAGAAAGUAAAUCUCCAACAACCUUGUCAGUUACUGAGCUCAUAAUACCUGUAACAUCUGUACCUGUAUCAGUUACCACAUCAAGCAUGUCAACAAAGACAUCAGUGACCCCUGGUGUUGUGACUCUGUCACCUAGUCCACCAGUAACAAGCACUCUGCAAGCAAUGUCUACAUUAACCACAACUGUGCCAACUUCAUCUACAACUCCAGUAGAAACAACAAGAACCGCAUUGUUACUUUCUACAGGUGAAGCAUCUUCGGUAUCAGGUCCGCUGACAGAGACAAUAAAGUUAGUACCAUCUACUGCAACACCAGAAACUACAAGUACACCUUCAGUCUCAUCACAUGGUACCAGUGAAACAAGUAGGGAAACUCCAAGGACAACUGGGGCUCUGUCUGGUUCUGUUCAAAUAUCUACUCCCUUAGCAAGUACCGAAUCUGCUAUGGUCACUACAGCACCUGUAACACCUAGUACAGAAACACAUAGUAGUGUAACUUCAGCAUCUGUCCUUGAGACAUUAAAAUCGACAAGUUCUACAACACAAAGUACCUCUGUGCCUUAUGCAAGCAGAGGACAAAGCACACAACAAAUGGCUAGUUCUGCUUUCCUUACACAGUUACCUGGUACAUCUACAGUAAGAACAAGCAGCUCUGUGUACCCAGCAUCCACUGAGAAAGUACUAACAUCAACAGCACAAAGUAUUGAGGUGAAACUCAGUACGGAGACAACAGCUGUUUCCUCCAGUUCUGUACCACUGACAACAACACCACCAACAACACCACUACCACUUGUAACCGAGAACAUCAUAGCACAGUCCCAGAUUCCAGCCGGGCAGGGACCUUCAUUAAAUUUAACUACCUUAUCAGUGACACAGCUUCCAAGUUCUACAUACCAUUUUACUGAAAUGCAAGAAAGUAAAUUUCCAACAACCCUGUCAGUUACAGAGCUCAUAAUACCUGUAACAUCUGUACCUGUGUCAGUUACCACAUCAAGCAUGCCACCACAAACAUCAGUGACCCCUGGUGUUGUGACUCUGUCACCUAGUCCACCAGUAUCAAGCACUCUCCAAACAAUGCCUGCAUUGACCAGAACUGCAGAAAUUUUAUCUACACACCCUGCAAAAACACCAAGCAGCAUGCUCUUACUUUCUACUGAUAAAGUGUCUUCUGUAUCGGGUCCACUGACAGGGAAAAUAGUGUUAGAGCCAUCUACUGUCACAUCAAAAACUACAAGUACACCUUCAGUCUCAUCAUAUGGCACAAAGGAAAUAACUAGUGAAUCUUCAAAGACAACUGUGGUUCUGUCUGGUUUUGUACAAACAACUUUUCUCUCAACUGAAUCAGCUAAGGCCAUAACAGUGCCUGUAACUGCUCAUGAAGUGACACAAAGUUUAGCAGCAACGUCAGUCUUUGAAACAUCAACCUCUACAAUGAAAGGAACAACUGUCCCAUAUGCACAGCAAACACAAAGCUUACAGGAAAUACAUAGUUCAGUUUUGACUUCAAAGACAUCUGCUAUACCAGCAAUAGAAGGAUCUGUGACCCCAACAUCUACACAGAAAGCACAAACAUCUGUGCCACAAAGUACCAACAUUCAUCUGGAAACAGAGACCGCAGCACAAUCUUCCUCUACCAUAAUACCAUCACCGACAAAAACAAUCCUACCAUUUAUAACUGAGCACAUUAUAGCACAGUCUGAAAUUCCAGCUGGCCAGGGGCCUCCUUCUUGGAAUUUUACUACCUUAUCAACAAUAGUACCAGUUUCUAUACAGAAAUCUAUUACCACACAACAAACUACACCUCGGGCAUCUCCUUCUGUAGCUGAUACCACAAAAUCUGUACUUCCCACAGUGCUGCCAGUUAUAACAGAACAUAUUGAGGCCCAGUCUCAGGUUCCUGUUGAUCAGAAGCCAUCUUGGAAUUUAACUACUUUAUCGACAGCAGAGAAAAUGAUUUCCUCACAAACAUCACCCUCAGCAACAUUUACUUCUAAAAUUCAGCAACUUAAUACAAUAGGAAGUACAUUGCCAACUGAAAUUAUUUCUGCACCAACAACCACAACAAGUCAGCCAAGCAUCAAGUAUUCAACAGCAAUAUCUUCCACACAACAGAAAUUCUCCACUCUGCCAUCUUUCACAUCACCAGAAACAAUCUACACAGUAGCAGGCCAUACUUCAAAAUGGCAGCCUUCUUUAACAACAAAAGCAGAAAGCUUUUCUACGACUAUUUUACUAAAUACUACAUUACUGGAAAUAACAGAAGAAAACAUUGCUGAGAAAACAGUUGCUCCUGUUGAUCAACACCCUGUGAAGAAUGUUACACUCUUCCCAAGUACUACAGCUGUACCUAAAACUUUGCAGCCUUUAGCAGAACAUCAGGAGUUUACCCUCAAUUUCACAAUAGAUAAUUUACUCCCCACUUCUGAGUUGAACAACCCGAUGUCAAGUUUGUAUAAUUCAACUGUGGCAAACAUUUCUCAGUUGUUGGAUGGGCUAUUUGCAAGAAGCAGCAUUAAUUUAACAUACAGUGGCUGCCAGGUUCAAAGAUUCAGAAGAGGAAAUGGCAUUACUGGGACAACAGUGAAUCUGAUCUGCAAGAUCAGGAAUGAUUCUACAAGCCCACCAUUUGACAGAGUGAAGGUAUAUCAUGAAGUGGGUCAGCUGACCCUAAACAUCACCAAGCUUGGACCAUACAUCCUUCAGCCUUACAGCCUCUUUGUAAACGGUUAUAAUGAAAAACCCACAGUGACACCUUCUCCAACAUCUUUGCAGCCUCAAGUAGCAUAUCAGGAGUUUACUGUCAACUUCACAAUAAAUAAUCUGUUCCCCUCUCCUGAGCUUAACAACACUUUGUCAAGUUUAUAUAAUUCAACAGUGGCAAACAUUUCGCACUUGUUGGAUGAAUUGUUUGCAAGAAGCAGCAUUAAUUCAACGUACAGUGGCUGUCAAAUUCAGGGAUUCAGAAGUGGGACUGACAUUAAGGGAACGACCGUGGAUAUAGUCUGCAAGAUCAGAAAUGAUUCUACAAGCCCACCAUUUGACAGAGUAAAUGCAUAUCAUGAAGUAAGCCAAGCAACGAAGAACAUCACAUUACUGGGCCCAUAUAUCCUUCAGCCUGACAGUCUCUAUGUAAAUGGUUAUAAUGAAAAACCCACAGUGACACCCUCUCCAACAUCUUUGCAGCCCCUCAUGGUGACUCAACAAUUUACUGUCAACAUGACAUUAAAUAAUCUACUAUUUGCUCCUGAACUUAAUGACACAUCAUCACGUUUAUAUAAUUCUACUGCCACAAAUAUCACUCAUCUGCUGGAUCAAAUGUUUGCAAGCAGUAGCAUUAAUGUGUCAUACAUAAGUUGUCAAAUUCAAGGAUUCAGAAGUGGGGAUGGUACAGUUGGGACAACUUUCGAUGCAGUCUGUUGGAUCAGGAAUGAUUCUACAAGCCCGCCGUUUGACAGAGUAAACGUGUAUCAUGAAGUGAGUCAGCUAACCAACAAUACUACAACUCUGGGCCCAUAUGCAAUUCAACCAGACAGCCUCUUUGUAAAUGGAUAUAAUGAGAAAGCCAUGGUGACACCUAUUCCAACAACUUUGCAGCCUCAAGUAGCAUUUCAGGAGUUUACUGUCAACUUCACAAUAAAUAAUCUGUUCCCCUCUCCUGAGCUUAACAACACUUUGUCAAGUUUAUAUAAUUCAACAGUGGCAAACAUUUCGCACUUGUUGGAUGAAUUGUUUGCAAGAAGCAGCAUUAAUUCAACGUACAGUGGCUGUCAAAUUCAGGGAUUCAGAAGUGGGACUGACAUUAAGGGAACGACCGUGGAUAUAGUCUGCAAGAUCAGAAAUGAUUCUACAAGCCCACCAUUUGACAGAGUAAAUGCAUAUCAUGAAGUAAGCCAAGCAACGAAGAACAUCACAUUACUGGGCCCAUAUAUCCUUCAGCCUGACAGUCUCUAUGUAAAUGGUUAUAAUGAAAAACCCAUGGUGACACCCUCUCCAACAACUUUGCAGCCCCUCGUGGUGACUCAACAAUUUACUGUCAACAUGACAUUAAAUAAUCUACUAUUUGCUCCUGAACUUAAUGACACAUCAUCACAUUUAUAUAAUUCUACUGCCACAAAUAUCACUCAUCUGCUGGAUCAAAUGUUUGCAAGCAGUAGCAUUAAUGCGUCAUACAUAAGUUGUCAAAUUCAAGGAUUCAGAAGUGGGGAUGGUACAGUUGGGACAACUUUUGAUGCAGUCUGUUGGAUCAGGAAUGAUUCUACAAGCCCGCCGUUUGACAGAGUAAACAUGUAUCAUGAAGUGAGUCAGCUAACCAACAAUACUACAACUCUGGGCCCAUAUGCAAUUCAACCAGACAGCCUCUUUGUAAAUGGAUAUAAUGAGAAAGCCAUGGUGACACCUACUCCAACAACAGUGAUGCCUACACCAAAUUACUCUCAGUUUACAAUAAAUUUCACUGCAACUAACUUACCGUUCGUAAGCCAACUGAAUGAUCCGACAUCUAAUAAUUACAAGUCCGCAGUGACAAACAUACAGUAUCUGUUGGACAAAACUUUAAAGAACACCUCCAUCAAUAACAUAUACGAUGGAUGUCAAGUAGUCAACUUUAGUAGUGAAAAUGGUGGUGUUUGGACAAAAGUGGAUGCAGUCUGCAAACUUAAGAAGGAUCCAUUAAGCCAUCCUUUUGACCGAGUUAAAGUUUAUCAUGAAUUCAGUGACACUACAAAGAACACUACAACACUUGGCAUAUAUACUCUUCAAAAUGACAGUCUUUAUGUUGACGGUUAUAAUGAGAGAAACCAAAUGAUACCACCAACAACAACAGUGAUGCCUGCACCGAAUUACUCUCAGUUUACAAUAAAUUUCACUGCAACUAACUUACCAUUCGUAAGCCAACUGGAUGAUCAGACAUCUAGUAAUUACAAGUCUGCAGUGGUAAACAUACAGUAUCUGUUGGACAAAACUUUAAGGAACACCUCCAUCAGUAACAUAUACGAUGGAUGUCAAGUAGUCGACUUUAGUAGUGAAAAUGGUGGUUCUGGGACAAAAGUGGAUGCAGUCUGCAAACUUAAGAAUGAUUCGUCAAGCCCUCCAUUUGACCGAGUUAAAGUUUAUCAUGAAUUCAGUGCCACUACAAAGAACACUACAACACUUGGCAUAUAUACUCUUCAAAAUGACAGUCUUUAUGUUGACGGUUAUAAUGAGAGAAACCAAAUGAUACCACCAGCAACAACUGUGAUGCCUGCACCGAAUUACUCUCAGUUUACAAUAAAUUUCACUGCAACUAACUUACCGUUCGUAAGCCAACUGGAUGAUCAGACAUCUAUUAAUUACAAGUCCGCAGUGGUAAACAUACAGUAUCUGUUGGACAAAACUUUAAAGAACACCUCCAUCAAUAACAUAUACGAUGGAUGUCAAGUAGUCGACUUUAGCAGUGAAAAUGGUGGUUCUGGGACAAAGGUGGAUGCAGUCUGCAAACUUAAGAAGGAUCCAUCAAGCCCUCCUUUUGACCGAGUUAAAGUUUAUCAUGAAUUCGGUGCCAAUACAAAGAACACUACAACACUUGGCAUAUAUACUCUUCAAAAUGACAGUCUUUAUGUUGACGGUUAUAAUGAGAGAAACCAAAUGAUACCACCAGCAACAACUGUGAUGCCUGCACCGAAUUACUCUCAGUUUACAAUAAAUUUCACUGCAACUAACUUACCGUUCGUAAGCCAACUGGAUGAUCAGACAUCUAUUAAUUACAAGUCCGCAGUUUCAAACAUACAGUAUCUGUUGGACAAAACUUUAAAGAACACCUCCAUCAAUAACAUAUACGAUGGAUGUCAAGUAGUCGACUUUAGCAGUGAAAAUGGUGGUUCUGGGACAAAGGUGGAUGCAGUCUGCAAACUUAAGAAGGAUCCAUCAAGCCCUCCUUUUGACCGAGUUAAAGUUUAUCAUGAAUUCGGUGCCAAUACAAAGAACACUACAACACUUGGCAUAUAUACUCUUCAAAAUGACAGUCUUUAUGUUGACGCUUAUAAUGAAAGAAACCAAAUGAUACCACCAGCAACAACUGUGAUGCCUGCACCGAAUUACUCUCAGUUUACAAUAAAUUUCACUGCAACUAACUUACCGUUCGUAAGCCAACUGGAUGAUCAGACAUCUAUUAAUUACAAGUCCGCAGUUUCAAACAUACAGUAUCUGUUGGACAAAACUUUAAAGAACACCUCCAUCAAUAACAUAUACGAUGGAUGUCAAGUAGUCGACUUUAGCAGUGAAAAUGGUGGUUCUGGGACAAAGGUGGAUGCAGUCUGCAAACUUAAGAAGGAUCCAUCAAGCCCUCCUUUUGACCGAGUUAAAGUUUAUCAUGAAUUCGGUGCCAAUACAAAGAACACUACAACACUUGGCAUAUAUACUCUUCAAAAUGACAGUCUUUAUGUUGACGCUUAUAAUGAAAGAAACCAAAUGAUACCACCAGCAACAACUGUGAUGCCUGCACCGAAUUACUCUCAGUUUACAAUAAAUUUCACUGCAACUAACUUACCGUUCGUAAGCCAACUGGAUGAUCAGACAUCUAUUAAUUACAAGUCCGCAGUGGCAAACAUACAGUAUCUGUUGGACAAAACUUUAAAGAACACCUCCAUCAAUAACAUAUACGAUGGAUGUCAAGUAGUCGACUUUAGCAGUGAAAAUGGUGGUGUUUGGACAAAAGUGGAUGCAGUCUGCAAACUUAAGAAGGAUCCAUCAAGCCCUCCUUUUGACCGAGUUAAAGUUUAUCAUGAAUUCGGUGCCAAUACAAAGAACACUACAACACUUGGCAUAUAUACACUUCAAAAUGACAGUCUUUAUGUUGACGGUUAUAAUGAAAGAAACCAAAUGUUACCACCACCAGCAACAACAGUGAUGCCAGCAACAAAUUACAAUCAGUUUACAAUGAAUUUCACUUCAACUAACUUACCAUUCGUAAGUCAAUUGAAAGAUCCAUCAUCUAGUAAUUACAAGUCCGCAGUGACAAACAUACAGUAUCUGUUGGACAAAACUUUAAAGAACACCUCCAUCAAUAAAAUAUACGAUGGAUGUCAAGUAGUCGACUUUAGUAGUGAAAAUGGUGGUGUUUGGACAAAAGUGGAUGCAGUCUGCAAACUCAAGACUGAUUCAUCAAGCCCACCAUUUGACCGAGUUAAAGUUUAUCGUGAAUUCGGUGCCAAUACAAAGAACAGUACAACACUUGGCAUAUAUACUCUUCAAAAUGACAGUCUUUAUGUUGACGGUUACAAUGAAAGAAAGCAAAUGUUACCACAGCCAACAACAACUAUGGCACCAGGAAUUAAUUAUAAACAGUUUACGUUAAAUGUCACUAUAACUAAUUUGAUGUAUGGACCUCAGCUAGCUGAGUCAACAACCAACAAUUAUAAAUCUGCAGCAGCCAAUGUCAAUAACCUGAUCGACAACAUCUGUAAGAACAGCAGUAUAAGUGAUACAUACAUUGGAUGCAAAGUAGAUGGUUUCAGAAGUGCAGCGGGUAACUCUGCAACAACAGUGGAUAUGAUCUGCAAAGUGAGGGAUGAUUCAUCAAAAUUGCCAUUUGAUCGAGUCAAACUAUAUCGUGAUGUUAGUCAAAAGACAAACAGCGUCACUACAAUGGGUGUAUACAGUCUACAGCCUGACAGCCUAUACGUAGAUGGUUACAAUGAAAAGGCUCCAGCAACUCCCACUCCAACUACAAUGCCAGUACCAGUGUAUCAGGAGUUUACAGUGAACAUAACGCUGACUAAUCUGGCAUUUACACCUCAGCUAACGAAUGUGCUCUCUAACACUUACAACUCUGCAGCACUAAAUAUAAAUAAUUUGCUGGACACAACAUUUAAGGGCACCAGCAUUAGUACUUCCUAUGGAGGAUGCCAAAUAGACAGAUUCAGACAAGCAACUGAUAGGUCCGGAACAUAUGUGGAUGCUGUCUGUAAAAUCAAGAAUGAUUCAUUAAGCUCCCCAUUUGACCGAGUUAAAGUGUUCCGUGAAGUUAGUCUCAACACAGAUGGUAUUACAAAGCUGGGUGUAUACAACCUUAAGUCAAACAGCUUGUAUGUAAACGGUUAUAAUGAAAAGACCCUAAUUUCACCUACUACAACCAUGGCACCUGUCAACAAUGGUCACUUUACAUUAAACAUUACCAUCAUCAAUUUACCUUAUGUGGCUCAGUUAAAGGACUCUGCAUCCACUAUUUAUAUAUCAGCAGUCAAAAACAUCAACUACACGUUCAACAGCAUUUUCAAGAACAGUUCUAUUAGCACUAUUUAUGAUGGGUGCCAAAUAGAUGGAUUUGUAGAUGCACCUGGAAGCUCAGGUACCACAGUAAAUGCAGACUGCAAACUCAAGAAUGAAUCCUCAAGUUCCCAGUUUGAUAGAGUGAAAGUAUACCAUGAUUUAAGUGUCAUAUCGAAAAACAUCACAGCAUUUGGCAUAUAUACGUUUCAAAAUGACAGCCUUUAUGUAAAUGGGUAUAAUGAAAAAAGCCCAGCAUCGCAAAUACCAGAACUACCUAUCGUUGCCGUCACAAAUGUACCAGUACAGAGCGGAGUACUUAAAGACAUCAGAAUAAAUUUCACUCUGACAAACCUCUACUAUUCACCAGACUAUGAAAACCCUUCAUCUGCAAAAUACAAAGCAGAUGAAGCAAACUUAGUUUCACUGAUGAAUAAACUUUUCAGAACCAGUACUGUACAAAACAACUUCAGAGGAUGCAAACUACAGUCAUUCAAACUAACAGUGAUUGAUAAAUUCACAAAUGGCACCUCAGUAAAUUUCACCUGCACAUUCCUAACUGAUGUGGUCGCCAAGGCUUUCAGUGAGGCAGAAGUGUACAGCGAGCUGCAAGCCAAGACAAAUGGCCUUACUCAGCUGGGAUCAUAUGACCUAUUGAGCACUAGCUUGUUUGUAAAUGACUACCAGUUAUUGCCAUCUUCUGAUGUUUUCACAACUACGAUGACAACAACAGUCGUUGUCCCAUCAGCAACAGUCAUCGGCUAUGCUCUUGACUUCACAAUCAUAAACAAAAACCUUUCAUCUCUAGACCCCGACUCUGAAGAAUAUAAAGCGAUUGUAGCAAAUGUUACAGCAAAGCUUCAAGAUUUAUUCACCUCCAGCGAUUUGAAAGACAAAUUUCUUUACUGCAGUGUAACACAUCUAAGGAUCGGAUCAGUGGUUGUCAGUUGUAAUUGUUACUUUAAGAAGGAUGCCGCAGGCAGUAACAAUUUGGUCCAAAAUGCAUUCGCUCAAGGUACUAAUAGUACACAGUUACUGGGAGGAUAUUAUCAGCUGAAACCCAAUUCUGUAGCAGUGCAAGAAAUUCAACCAGUCAAGCAGACAGAAGAAUUACCAUUCUGGGCGAUUAUCCUUAUAGCACUGGCGGUUCUCCUGGUACUCGUUCUACUUUUCCUUUGCUGCUUUUUGAUUCUAUUACUCCUGAAGAAAAGAAUGGGUUCAUACAAAAUGGAACAGAGUUUAUACGGCACUUACUUUCCUCACUUAGAUUUGAGAAGACAUUUCUAAGCAAAUGAAUUAUAGUGUGCAUCAAUGUUGCCUUGACAAACCAUGAGUUGUUAAAACAAAUUCCUCUUGAGAGUGAAUUAAAGUAUCACAAGUCCAAAAUUCAAAGACUGCCUUUUAUAGUUCACGAUUUACAGAUGAUAUAUUUAUAUGUGCAUUUUUUAUUAAAUUAAUUGGUAAUGUUACGUAUUUACAGUGCUUUAACAAAACUGCUUUCAAACAUUGAAAAGACAUUUUUAUUUUAUUUUAAAGAAAUUGAACAUUAAAUAGUAUUAAAUAUACAAUGCAAUGCAUUUCCAGUUUAAUUGCAAAAUAAUAUUGUCAAUAAAAAAUGUCUGUAAUAAAACUUUUUUGUGUAGUGUUGAUUUUGUUUUUAAUAUGCCAUUAAGUCUGGAUGAAGGAAGGAUUUAUUAUUAAAAUAGCAUAUGCAUUAUUGUAUAUUUACCAUUUCAUUAACAAAUUACAGACAUUUUUUUUCAAAGCAAAUUUUAAAUUCAUCAUUGCACACAUUUCUAAAACAGCACAGUGUACACCACUGUAAAUAGCUUAUUGAAUAACACAUUUUGAAAUACACGUUAAUGUUAUAAAUGCAAUAUUUUUAUAAUUCCAUUUGAGGAUGUAAAAUGUUACAGUGCUGUGUUCUGUUGUAAGUGAUAUAAAGCAAAUAAAUUAUUUAUUAAGCAACAUAA